AUGGGAAACAAGGAUGAACCUAUCAGAACAAGGUCUACAUUCAAAGUAUCCGAGGAAACCCCUAUGGGAUUUGUGUCUCUGGUAGAGCCAACAUCUUGUGAUGAGGAACUUCAAGACAAAGAUAAGAUUCUGGUAAUGGAAGAAGAACUUGAUCAAUUUGCAAAGAACAACGUCUGGGAUCUUGUACCAAAGCCAAAAGGUACCCACAUUAUUGGAACAAAAUGGGUGUACAGAAACAAACUAAAUGAAAAAGGAGAAGUGGUCGGAAAUAAAGCGCGACUGGCAUUCUCUGAACAAGUUAGAAACGACUUCAUCAAAGAAGCUGGAGACAGGUUACAGGCCCGUCUAGCCAAAGAGGAAGAGGAAAAAGCUCGCAGAGAAGUGAGGAAAAUUCUCGGAUCGGAAGAAGAAGAGAAAGCAAGAGAAGCUGCAGAAAAGGCUGCCACUAAGGCUGUUGCUGCUGAAGUUGAAGCCAAAGCCAAGUCUAAUGCUGAAGAAGCAACACGCAUUGUUGCAGAAGAAGUUGCCAAGGCUAGGGACGCCGCUCUGACUCAGGUGGAGCAAUCUCACUCUAAUUUCGCUCCUAUCGUGUUGAAAACUCUGGAAGAACUACAGAAAGAGCAACAUAUUGUGAGAGUGAGACUGGAUCAAUAG